AUGGAGGAAGAGGUAGUUGCUCAGGAACAUCUCCCUACUGUAAGUCACGUGCCCAAGGGUGGGGAAGAGCAGCUGAGCGGGUUUCUAAAGGACUGUCAAAAGAUGGCGCCUCAUACAGUAGAUCCUGCGUCAUAUCCCCAAUCUUCUCUGGCAGUUUGUUAUCCUUUCGCAGAACUUCCGAAGGUGGAGUUAGAAUAUUUUGACGGUGACCCAUCGAGCUACUGGAGAUUUAUCAAGCAGUUUGAAUAUUUUGUUGAGAACCGCGUGAUUGAUAACGGUCAGCGCUUGUUAUAUCUUGUGUAUUAUUGCAGAGGGCGCGCCAACGAAGCGAUUCGUGAGUGUACAAUGCUCCCGCCUGAGCGGGCUUAUGAUAGAGCUCGUUGUAUUCUUCGUGAUCUCUUUGGGCAAAAUCAUGUAGUGGCACGGUCACUGAUCGACGGUUUGCUUACAGGUUUGAAACCCAUGGCUGAUGACUCCGAAGCUUUAUCCCGAUUGUCGUUGAAAAUGGAAAGCUGUUAUGUGGCACUGUCUCAGAUGAACUAUAUGGCCGACCUAGAUUCCAUAGCCACUAUUGAGAGGAUAGUUCGCUUCUUACCUAGC